AUGGACACUCCUUCUAUUUCUCCCCUCAGUACCACUUCGAGGUCCGCUAUUCCUUCCGCCAUCGACCCGAUUCCUAUACAGCUCCAGCCUGUUCAAGAACCCGACCUCGUCGAUCCAGUUGACCAAAGCGACGGUUCGAGCAGUCUGAGCGACUAUGACGCCGAAUUCGACGAUCAAGACCAGAGAGACAACAACGACCGAGAUUCUGAAGCAGAGACCGAACGCCUCGAGCGCUCUCCCAUAAAAUCGUGGAUCCCAUCUCCGACAAAACUAAAUCAAGCCGACAUUCGCUCCGAGCCUGCCUCUUCACCAGAUCCCCAACCUCAGUCGCCCUCGCCCGCACAAGCUCGCCUGGCCUCUCCCACAGCCAUCUCAGGCAGGAAACGCAAGCGACCAAGUCCUGCUGUCAGCGACGCCGACAGUCCUCUCUCCGAACACUCAGACUCUGAAGAAGCCCUUGCUCUCAGUCACAGCAACCAUGUUGAUCAGGCCCUCGAGAGUCGACAGGAGACACCAGAGCCUAACGAUGAAGCCGAUGAGAACCCUUACAUCUCGCCAAUGAAGGCUGCCCGUCUAAAAAGAGCAAAACAAAAAUCUAAACAGCUUCGCGACAUCUCGCCCGCUGUUCAAUCGCUCGCGAAUGAUCUCGAAGACGAUGAUGCCGAUGAGCCAAACGACGGCGAUCAAGAGACGAAAAAGCGCGCCACCGAGGCCUUCACGGCUAUUGUCGAGCAGUUUCAAACAUUCCGCACCAAAAUGCACAGCGAACGCUUGGCUUCAGCAGAGGCCGAACUGGACCAACUCAGUGUACCGAACGCGACCCAUCCCGAUUUCCUUGCCAUGUUACAGUGCAUCACUGCUCGUCGCGACACCAAGAUUCAACAGGAGAUAACACUGCAUCGCUAUAAGCUCGGCACCCUUCGAAAUCAGAUUCUGGCAGAACGUGCUCAACUACACACCCAGUAUUUCCAGGAAGCAAGAGAGCUACGCGACUCGCUAUUGGAGCAGCUAGGAAAGCAAUGGUACGACAUACAAAAAGAGCGUCGCCAAUUCCAGGCCGACCAACAGGACCAAUACUCGUACAAGUUCCCCACAAAGCGCUCCGACCAGGUGCGCAACCAGGAGAAGUACAACCGCGAAGUCUCGAUCUUGUCUGGUAUGGCCAAGUACCGGGGCUUCCCUGCUGCGCCAGAUAUCCAAGGCGCACGGACGAAUGAGCUCGACGAUGACUUUAAAGCCAUGCAUAUCCCGCGCAGGCAAACAUUACCUCAGCAGCAAGGCCCCGCUUACCAAAACCCCGUGCAUAUGCAUUCGGCUCCCGCAUCAGGACGCACUGCCGAGGAGAGAUUCAUAGAGCAGACACCUUGGGCCAAUCCUCAACAUCCUUUGCAUCACCAAUCACGGACUCCGGGUCCAUUCGGUACUUACGGCAUGCAUCUCCAACCGAACAUGAUGCGCCAGGUCUCCGCACCUGGCCAGCGUACUGCUUCUCCUUUUACUACACCACUGCCAAACCCAGCAAAGCGUGCCGAUUACCCUCAGAAUGGCCUUGGCUCUAAUGACACCAUUGGUAUUCCUAGCGACCCUCCUUCGAGUGCAGUACCACAUACCGGAGAGAACUUCGCACAAGGCCCUCCUGGCGAUGUUUCACCAACCGAUCAGCUUAAAGUACGCUCUGCUUUGGGCAACCCAUCGAACAACCGUGGAGACAGGCGUGACUUCUCAGGUCUAUCUAGUGCCUCGACUAUUGAGACACCCAGUGACCCAGCCGAGGUGGACCGUCAUGGGCCUAUACAUACUAGUGCCGGGCAGAACGGCUUACCUCUACAUCACCAGGCCGACCAUUCUGCUCCUCACCAAGCUUUCGUCACGAGCGCGUUGCAUACGCAGAACGGAAAAGCAGAUGAUCGUAAGCCAGAUCUUUACGAGAACAUCAACUACAGAAGGUCACAAUUGGGCGCAUUUGGUACGCCCAUGCCUCUGUUCGGCACCAACUCUCCGGCGCACCCAGAUGGCCAGAAAGCUUCAUAG